CGUAUUUCUUCCGAGACUUUCACGCAUGCGCAGUGCUUCUGACCUACACAGUCGCAAGAGAAUGUCAGCGCUUGGAGUGGGGCUGCAGGUGCGUCAGUUUAGCACCUCUGUGAUCCGACCAGUUGCAAAACUUGUCAAGCCCCCUAUCCAGGUCUAUGGGGUGGAGGGACGUUAUGCUACUGCCCUGUUCUCUGCUGCCAGCAAGCAGAAGAGCCUUGAUAAGGUUGAACAGGAGCUUGGUCGUGUAUUUAGCCUGAUUAAGGAUCCUAAGUUGUUAAGUAUCGUGAUGAACCCCCAUGUCAAGCGCAAUGUCAAACAGAAGACUUUCACUGAUACUUUGACCAAGGCAAAACUCUCCCCCAUCACCAUCAACUUCAUCAAUGUCCUAGCAGAAAAUGGCCGCUUGACCUUGACCCCUGAUGUCAUCACAGCCUUUGGCAAAAUGAUGAGUGCCCACAGAGGAGAGGUCACAUGCUCAGUCACCACCGCACAUCCUCUGGUUGAAGCUAAUCUUGCAGAGCUGAAGAUGGCACUGAAUGGUUUCCUGGCAAAGGGAGAGUCCAUCAAGCUUGAGACCAAGUCUGAUCCCUCUAUCCUUGGGGGCAUGAUCGUCAGCAUUGGUGAUAAGUAUGUGGACAUGUCUACCAAGACAAAGGUCCAGAAGCUCACAAAACUGAUCAGGGAGACCUAAGUCCUGUGGACUGACCAGACCUAAUCGAAUCAAGAUUCAGUGGUGAAGAAAGAACAACCUCUCUGCUGUUGUGUAGUUCUAUGACCUUGUCUAGUUGUGUUCAAAAUAAAUAUUAUGUAACAAUUAAGCUUUAUUAUUAUUUCUCUUAUUAAAUGACAUACUGUAAUACUA